UUCCAUUUCCUUUCAGACGAGGAAGAUUGCGACGAAAGAAGUGAACGUCUUUGACUUCUUGCAAGCUGUCGCGCGUACGUAAAACGCUUUUAUCGCGGUGUUUCCCGUGUUUUCCUGCCAAAAAGAAAGACGGAAUGGUGGUUAUCGAAGAAAGACCAUUUCUGAGUGGCGUGAUCGAAGGUUUCUACGGAAGACCCUGGACGUGCAAGCAGAGGAAUGAGCUGUUUACAAGGAUCCGGAAGUAUGGAAUGAACACCUACAUUUAUGCACCUAAAGAUGAUAUGAAACACAGGGCUCUCUGGAGGCAACUUUAUACAGCAGAAGAAGAAGGAAAGCUUGCAACUCUUAUAACCGCUGCAGAAUCGGCAGGUGUUACAUUUGUUUAUGCAAUAUCACCUGGCUUGGACAUUGUCUUCUCUUGUGCUGCUGAUGUUGCUGCACUGAAACGGAAAAUGAAACAGGUAUCAAAACUUGGUUGCAAGAGCUUUGCCAUCCUGUUUGAUGACAUUGAUCCAAGGUUGAAAGUUUCAGAUUGCAACCUCUACAAAUCAUCUGCAGAGGCACAGUCUAUACUUACAAAUGAACUCUUUCAGUAUCUGAAGAAACCAAGGUUCCUUUUCUGCCCAACUGAGUACUGCAAGACAAGGGCAUUCCCCAGUGUCGGCAAAUCAGAGUACUUGAAUACUAUUGGCACAAAGCUAAGCCCAGAAAUUGAUAUACUUUGGACAGGUGACAAGGUCAUAUCACAGGUGAUAACACCAGAGUCUCUUCUUGAACUAUCAAAAGUUCUCAGAAGAAAGCCUGUUAUUUGGGACAACAUACAUGCUAAUGAUUAUGAUCACCGACGCGUCUUUCUUGGUCCUUACAGUGGUAGACCAGUAGAACUAUACAAAUACCUGAAUGGGGUCCUUACUAACCCAAACUGUGAAUUUGAGGCCAAUUUUGUUGGGAUACACACAUUUGCUACAUGGUGCAGGGUGGCCUCAAAUGCAUACAAGGAGACUGCAGACUGUACCCAAGAACAGGAUUCAUGUGAUCUGGGAUAUGAUCCGAUGGAAGUUCAAAUUGAUGAGAAUGUUGAUGUUCCAGAUACAGAAGGAACAAUGCAUAUUGACCUCUACCCACUUACACCAGCUGAUGUCACAUCUGUUGUAACAAGUUAUGAUCCAAAAAUUGCAUUGAAACUUGCAAUAGAUGAUUGGCUUGUUGAAUUUGACAAACCCAAAGCAGUUGAAGUAAAAUCAUAUGCCAAGCGGCACACAAUGGCAUCCAUAGUGAAUGGACAGAUGGUACAUACUGGACAGUAUGGUCUUGAUAUCACUUCUGGUGAAGAGUCGUCUUCGGUUGACAUAAAAGGUGAUGCAAAGACAUCAGGUGUAACAGUUGCUGACUUAAGUUUGUUGGUUGAUUUGUUUUACCUUCCUUAUGAACAUGGCAUCAGUGGUAAAGCCUUACUGGACUGCUUCCGUUGGCUCAGAGACAAUGCUGGUCAAGUGAACAAAAACUGUCAGCUUUUUGGUGAAAAGGACACAAGCUGGAGAGAAAGAGCUGCUAAUUUCCACAGUCUUUGUCAGAUGGUAUUGGAUUUAUUCACCAGGCUUAGCAACAUUCCAAAUGAAUCAAUUCUAUUUGACCUGUAUCCUUACAUAUGGGAUGUGAAAGAAGUUGUGUUGGCACUCCAUGCCUAUGUGAUAUGGUUAGCUACAUCCAAUUUCAAUGAAACAUCUACAAAUGACAUUGCAGAUGUUCAGGUUUUUCCUGGUGAAGAUUUGCCUUUGGCUGAUUUUAUUGCAGAGGAAUAUGUUGAAGCAUGGCAUGCCAGGUACAUUGGUGGGGUGACUCUUGCUCUGCAAAAACUCAUGCCAUUCAAUGGUGGUUUUGGAUUUUUGGACACAGCACCGGAUUUGCCGUCAUCUGACAUAUUCUAUAUGAGGCCCUUCCUUGAUCAUGACAAGGACACUCUGCUUGGAUUAUGCACAACCUUCCAGUGUCCUGACAAAGUUUUGAAUAUUGAAAACAGUGAAACUAUAUGCAAUGUUGUUAUUGAACCUUAUUUAAACAAAUGCUCAAAUACACUCUUCAUACUUGAACACAAUCAUCAGAUUUGUGGAUAUGUUGCUGCGGUACCAAACAACAAAACAUUCAUGGAGAGUAUGAAUUGUACAUCAGAUUCUGAUUUGGAUUCAAGUGAAAGAAAAAAAUAUGACUGCCCUUUGUCAAGACUAACUGACUGGCACUUAGACAACAAAGCACAUUUAAUCAUCCAUGUUGAUCAAAAGACGAAAAAUGCGAGGGUCCUCAAACGAGUACUGAGUAUGGUGUUGUCAGUAUUGAAGUCAUUAGGCUCCAAUGCUGUAAUAUUAGAAGUAAAUGGCGAGGAAGAACAUGACAUGUAUUCCAAAUUAGGUUUUCAACCAGUUGACACGGAUAUUAGUGGUAAAGUAGUUAUAAGAGCCUUAUAGCAGUGUGAUUAAAUUUCCUAAGCAGUUGACACUAUAAGUUAAAUCCUGAAACCAUAAGCUGACCUUGAGUUGCUUUGGUGAAAAUCUGUAAGCAGGGGGGGGGGUGUGAAUUAUUGGCCUUCGUUUAUUUUAGGGAAUGAAAUUUCUCAUAGACUUAGUAGCAUUGACUUAAUAUGAAUACAAAUUAUUCAUUUCAAAAGUUCGCUAAUUGGUCAGCUUAGAUUUGGCUAACUUUUAUCUUUGGUCAGCUUUGGUUUGUGAGGCAGCGGUAAUUGACUUGAUGCCUUUUAAGGGUCCACGAUAUUUGUAUAAAUAAAUGCCAUUGUCAAAUGUUGUGACAAAAUGAAAUCAUUUAUAUAAAGAUGUUUGUUUUUUUAAUUAAAAAAAAUGUACAGUGUACAGUAAUAGUAUGUCCCAGAAAUUUAA